AUGAUAACGACGACCUCAGACCAAACAGGUUGCUAUGGUAACCUGGAUACAGAGCAUCACUCUGCAAAUGGCGGGGUGUGUCUCGAGGAAAUGGAGGGAUGUGUCGCCUUCACCACAGGCAAUGUUUAUCAACAUCUUGUUGAAAGCAUCGUGCUGAAGGAGAGGACCGUGUGCAGCGCGUGCAGCAGAUCAGACAUGGCGUCCAAACUUUGUAAGCUUUUUGUUGGCGGUCUGAACGUGCAGACAGAUAACAGCGGCCUCCGGGAGUAUUUUCAGCAGUAUGGUAACCUUACGGACUGUGUUGUGGUUAUGAACCAAAAUCUUGGCCGCUCCCGGUGUUUCGGCUUUAUCACCUUCUCUACGCCGGAGGAGGCCGACGCAGUAAUGGCGGUGAAACCACAUGUCGUCGAUGGAAACACCGUGGAGCUCAAGAGGGCCAUCGCCCGUGAAGAUACCAACAACCCUGAUAUACAUGCUAAUGUCAAGAAGAUCUUUGUCGGUGGGCUUAAAGACCAUAUCGAGAGCGAGCACAUGACCCAGUACUUCUCUCAGUACGGCAUGGUGGAGAAGGCCGAGAUCAUUUCAGACAAGCAGACCGGUAAGAAGCGAGGCUUCGGCUUUGUUUACUUCUGCGAUUGCGACUCUGCCACUAAAGCUGCGAUCCCCAAGUUCCAUGACAUCGAGGGUCUCAGAGUUGAGGUGAAGAAGGCCCAAACCAAACAAGAGCUGGCUACUAAGACCCGAGGCAGAGGAGGAGGAAGAGGAGGGAUGCAGAACUAUGGCGGUGGCCGAGGGGGUGGAGGCUAUGGCGGAGGCUACGGCGCUAGCGGCUACAGUGGCGGUUAUGGCGAAGGCUACGGAGAUAGCUACGGGUACGGAGGUGGUUACGGACAGACCGGAGGAUACGGUGGAUACGGCGAGUACGAGAACCACAUGGGAGGUGGUUACAGCAACGGUGACUUUGGGGAAAGCUAUGGACAGCAGGCCUCCGGGUACGGUCCCAUGAAGGGGGGUAAUUAUUCGUACCGGAGUGCGGCCCCUUACGGUAGAGGAGGUGCUCCGGUCGCUGGAUACGGAAGAGGGGCUGGGUUUGGGGGAGGUUAUUAA